GUACCAUCUGUUGACUCUGACUGUUCCUUGGCAUGACAUCGACCAAUUUAAAGUCCUUCAAAAAAUCCACAAUGGGGAGGCUAUCCCGCGUCCUGAUAUAUCCGAGGCGAUGUCUGACGUCACAAACACCUUCUGGAAUCAUAUCGAACAGUGUUGCUCAAUUGAUCCAUCUGCCCGUCCAUGUGCUCUCACGGCUAUGAAGUUCAUAACGGAUGGACUAGAGACUAUCGAACAAGAUGAUAUCCCUGUUAGCAGGGUACAAGAAAUCCAUCAAAAUACAUACUUGGUGGCGGAGCAGGAUUUCUACCGCACCAUUGUUGCAGUCUUCCUUGCAAACAUCAUACAAUACCGUCCCCUCUAGCCCUUUAACACAUCAUCUCUUCUCUACGGCUUCGUCGCUGUCACUUUCAGGUCCUUUAAAUGUGUUACUUUUCGGAGAGACUGGAGUUGGGAAGAGCGCUAUCAUAAACUUGAUUAUAGGACACGACGUUGCACGGACGUCGCCAGACGCACCACCCUGCACACUGCAGCAUACCUCCUACGAAGUCAGUCUUGCUGAUCGCCGAUUCAAACUUUGGGAAGUUUCCUCGAUCGAGUCAACGGGUUUUUUCCGGACCCUUUUUACAAAAUGGCGUCUGAAAAAGUCAUACAAGAAGUUGUACAGAGAUGACGGAGUCUAUCUUCUUUUAUAUUGCAUGAGGGGGUCGAGGGCCCAGAGAGCACUGAUCAAGGAUUAUAAAUUCUUCACUGAUAUUGUUGGCUCCACUGCCACUGUAGCAGGUGGCGUACCGGUCGCCGCUGUGGUCACUUCCUUAGAAGAUUAUCCCAAGGACAUGGAUGGGUGGUGGACGAAGAACAAGGACAAUCUGGAACGCCUCGGCAUGCGGUUCUCCGCGCACGCUUGUAUCACUUCUCUCCCUAAAGAUCCAACAUCCUCGCUAGCAAUGCUCGCACGUCAACAGCGGUCAGAACAAGUCAUUCGCUCUCUUAUUUAUAACUCCUAUAAAAGGGGUACCGAGACAUCUCGCAGUUCCAGUCCAGGUAUAUAACUUUAUGAAGAAGCGGGCUUAUUUGCGUAUUAUUGUCUUCGACGAUUUGGGUCCCCCCGGCGGGGCGCUGUGCGCACGCAACUGUUGAAA